AUGGAAAUUCAUGCCAGUGCUACUCAGUGGUACGGCAUCAUUGCGGCCAUCAUAACGGUAGCCUGGCAGGUUUUUCGGCUCCUGCGUGUGAUUCUCCGAGUUUGGCUUUUACCAUGGUCUGAGAUCUGUAUCAAGUGGCUCGCAGCGACCCUCAUGCGUACUUUGCAAUGGACAACCAUAGACGAAUUCGACCUCCUCUUUGUCGCUGGAUAUGUCACGGCUAAUGCAGUAUGCAUAAGCCUAAAUGCGAAAGACUCAGUCGAGGUUGCCGCUCGAUGUGGAAAUCUCGCCACCAUCAACUUGGUUCCUCUUCUGGUGGGCUUGCACCUUAGCGACGUAGCAGAUUUUCUGGGAAUGACCCUUCGUAUACCAAAGAUCAUACAUCGCUGGGUCAGCUGUGUGAUGCUACUUGAAGUCAUCGUUCACGUGGUGAUCAACGCAUUGACUACCGACCUGAAAUGGACUCCUGCCGAAAUAUCUGGCACUAUCCAACGGGUGCUGCUGCUAUCGCUGUGUGGCACCAUCUCUCGAUUCGCCAAUCUCAGGCUCGCUUCUACGUAUUAG